AUGCUCGCAUCCGACUCUUUCCUACCCUCGGCCUUUACCGACCACGACCCGAACAUGCCGCCGUCUGCCGUCAUCUCGCCGCUGUCACUAUCGCGGAUGGCCACCUCGUCCAGCUAUUUCGACAACAAGCCGAUACCCAGCAUCCCGGGCUAUUCGCUCUACUCCCCGCAAUCAUCCGGCGCUGUGCGUUACCCGCCGCAAUCGCAAUCCUUUCUUUCACCUCACUUGCUUCCCAACGGCCCCAACGGCGCAAACGGUAUGAACAGCCUGGACGGUGCCUUUUCGCACGAUCAGAUGUCGAGAGUGGUUUCGCCCUCACAUGCCGAAAACAUGUCCACUCAAAAAUCGUCGGGGUUCCCGCCCGUUGUUAGAGUCUCUCCAAACGGCAUGCCUCAUCCGCGCUCCGUCUCCGCCGAUGCCGCCUCGGCCCCGGCGUCCGCUCAGAUUAUUCGACGGUUGGCCCAACAGAAUGCGCGGAUUCGGGAGGCGUGGGAAGCUGAGCGCAAGUAUAUGGAGGCGAACCGCGAGCGCGUCGAGGAAGUCUACAAGGAGGAGCGUAUGAUCAUGGAAGACGAGCGUCUCGCGUGGGAGGCCGAGAAGACGGCUUUGUUGGAGCAGAUCAGCCGUCUCAAAGAACAGGUCACGGUGAUCGACGCUGACAAAAUCCGGCUGCAAGGCGCACUGCAGCGAGUCGAGCUAGAGAAAGCGGGCAAAGUCGCCGGCGUCACUGUUGCAAUUCCAGGAACAGCAACGCGAAGUUGUGGUGGUGGGGCCGAUGGCCCCACCGAACUCUACUUUCCAGGAUUCUCCUCGCAACCCAAUGACGCGCGGUUCGGCUUCUCGAACGGGACUACAGAGCGGAGGCCAACUACUGGCUCUGCCUCAGCCUCUGUCUCGCCGGCCCAGAUCCCAUCUCGUUUUAUUAGUCCUGUCAGCUCCCGCAUUUCUCCUUCAAGACAGCCAGAGACUUCGCCCUUCAUCCCACUCAACCCCAACAUGCAGCCUACCACCGCAGACGCCGUCGACUUCCUCAGCUCCCCCAAGGACGAGGAACCCGUUCCUAUCGUCGACAUCCAGAUCAUCAACCCUCAGCUUGAAGGCGUUCCGCUCAAGGCCCCGGCCAUCCAUAAGAGCACAUUCACCGACUCCGGCAUGACUCCCCCGGAAAACUCAAAGUCCUCGUCCAGGAACGCCUCCCCAACUGGAGACUCUGCUAGGUCGAGACGUAGCCCGACCCAGGAACACACCCUCGAGGUCCUCGCCGCCCCUGAGCCCGACCGGCUCGUCAUGCACGCCGGACACACUCCCAGCCAUUCUCUCUCCGUCCUGGGAACCGCCCCCGGUACAGAGGUCGCGACCGUCGCCGACGGCACCGGUGGCUCCACGCCGACGCUGGCGCCGACCGACAUGAGCUCAAACCCGGCGACCCUGUAUGAUGUCAGGGCUAGAGGCGAUUCGUCCGAUCUCCAAGAUGACGAUUUCGGCGGCCCCGACGAGCCCCAGCCCACGUUGGAGGCGACCGACGACGCAGCGCUCAGGGGCCCUCUGAUGGUUCGCAACAUCCCUGCACAUGAUGAAAUCUUCUUCAAGCGCCUGUCCGAAAAGCUUCAAGAUGUCAGUAGCGGCGCGGAUGCCGUCCCGACUUGCAUGAAGACACCGAGCGACGACGGCGUGGCCGAGGACAAGGAGAACCUUCUCAUGGCCAAACCGGACGCAGACGUGGCCAGUGACAGAGGCUCUACUACCGACAGAGAUGAUGCGUCCGAAUCUCAGAGAAAGGCCGAAGACAUCGACGUGCCCCUGAAGCUUAGGAAGACAACCAACUUUGGUGCUCCUCUGGGCUCCAUGUUCUAA